UAAUCUUCUUAAAUGAUAUUCCUAUAUAUUUUAAUAGAUGAUGAGAAAUUUAUUGUUAGAAGAAGGAGGCAUUCUUCAAAUUGAAAGUGCUGCUUUGCCUGUUGCUAAUUUUUCAAAAUUUCAACCUCAAUCAGAAGAUUUCUUAGAUAUAACAAAUCCAAAGGCUGUUCUGGAAAAUGCAUUAAGAAAUUUUGCAUGUUUAACAACUGGAGAUAUUAUUGCUAUUGAAUAUAACAGCAAGAUUUAUGAACUGUGUGUUUUAGAAACCCAACCAGGUGAAGCAGUUACAAUUAUUGAAUGUGAUAUGAAAGUAGAAUUUGCAACUGCUGUUGGUUAUAAAGAACCAGAACAUAAAAAUAAUAUGAAUGAGGAAGAUAUUCAGUCUCUUCCUGCUCCCGAAGAAGUUCAUUCUGAUAGUUUUAUUGCAUUUAGUGGAAAAGGUAAUAGAUUAGAUGGAAAGAAGAAAUGUUCACAGGUACUAUCAAAUUUAAUAAAUAAGGCAGUUCCCAUAAGAGGGAUACCAGAUUAUAACCAUGAACUUGGCACAAUUAAAUUUAUGAGAUCAGUCAGACCUGUACAGAAUGAGACAGAGAAUAAACCAGCAGAUAAUUUUGAAGCUUUUUCAGGCAAAGGCAAAAAAUUACGUUCAAAACAUGAAUUCUGAAUUUAGAAUGAAAAAGUGAUACACAUCAGUGGUUUAAUUGUUACAGCAACAAUACAUACAAGUAACUGAAGUUGCAUGUAUCGUUGAGCAGGAGUAUGUUAAAAUUUUGGAAUGUUUAUUACUGUAAAUAUCAGCAAUUAAAGUACAUUUGAAUAUAGUA